AUGCUCCUCCAAAGGGAUCCGGCGCUGAGACCAACGGCUGCGCAGCUAAUGAAAGUCAAGUAUUUUAGGAAGGGCUACCGAUGCUGCGGCGAGCCUUUUGCUGCUUCUCCCUCACUCACACUCGUGCAGCAAGAACAGCGGCAAGAGCCGAGUUCUGCUGCUUCAGUCGGCUGUCACCGACGGCCCAGCAGCCAAGCGGAGGCUGCAGCAGAAGGCGCAGGAGCAGUAGUGGGAGAAGUGAGAAAGGGAAGCCAACAACAGGUGGUGCUAGACUUGUCCCACGUGGACGCUUCCAGUUGGGCUACUGUGUACAAACGAAAGGCCGGCACUGCUUUAUGCGGCGAUGAGGAGCUCCUUUCCGAGGGCUCCCCUACUGACACAAAUUCCCGUAUUUCCACUCUCCUAACCCCGCUGGAGCCUGCGGAUGACUGCCUCACCCCCGUAGACGGUACUUCACCUACUGAGCUAUCGCCACCCGCAGGCAGUGCAGCAAAGACGACUCUUCAAACUAUGAACAGCAGAAGAAGGCUAGAUCAACAACCGAAGCAGCAACGGAGGCUGCUCCAGAUAGCGAAGGCAGAACCUGCUGCUGCAUCAGUGGAAACAGAGGCAGCAGAGUCUGCCGCGGGCACUUAUACAAAUAGGCAAGGCGAAAACCAGUGGAGGAUGCGCACUGCAACAGCAGCGCGAGCAGCAGCUCUUGCAGCUGUCGCCUGGAUCGAUGCACCCAUCAUGUGUGGACCAAGGUAUCUCUACGGGACUCAUUCAUCUGCUUGCCUUAUUUUUACAGAUUCAGGUUUUGUUUAG